AUGGGCUCAUCCACGGUAGACGAGGCCUCGGUCUUGGCCCGGUUCGAUAAGCUCGUCGGGGAAGGAAUCGUCAUGUAUGAGGAGGAUAUGGAGAAGAUUUACCACGAGGACGGAGGCUUCAAGUUCGAGUUCCGCAUCACCGCGGCUCUGAAAAGCAAGCCCGCCGCCGUGGGGCACAACGCCGAGCUGGACGACGCGAAGGCCGGCGCCGACGGCGACUUUGGGAGCCCCGCAACCGCACCCGCAAACGGGACGCCCAACGGCCGGCCUCCGCGCGGCAUCGAGCUCGACGCCGACGGCCGCAUCCCCGGCGGCGACAUCAGCAUUAAGGGCUACGAGCUCGGUCCCGUCCGCGACACGCACAUCCUCACCUUCAACAAGUUCUGCGCCUACCGGCCGCACCUGCUGCUCAUGACGGCCGACGGGCGGAGGAGGCAGUUCGAGGCGCUCGACGGCGCGGACCUGGCCGCCGCGAGGGAGGUGCUGGGGGGGUUCAAUGAGGGAGGGGCGGCGCGCGGGCGGCGGGAGUACUUGGCCAUUUACAACUGCGGCAAGAACGGCGGGUGCAGCCGGCUGCAUAAGCAUAUGCAGGUCAUACUCGCGCCCGAAGCCAUCCCCAUGUGGCCCGACACGGCCGGUUCGGAGGGGGCGGCGGCGGCGGGAGCGGGACAGGAGCCGCCGUUUCGAUACCUCAUCUACCGGUUCGCCAGGUCCUCAUCCGGCGACGAGGUUGGAGGGAUGCCGUCGGCGGACGACCUGGUCACGGCGUACCGGCGGAUGCUCCGGCAGGCGACGGAGCUGAUCCCGGGACGGGACGCUGUCGUCGAGGAUGACGAGGACGGCAAGAGGGUGGCGAUGCCGCAUAAUGUCAUUCUGGGUCGGAGGUGGAUGGUGGUCGUCCCGAGGGUGACGGACGGGGUGGACGGGGCCGGCGUCAACGCGGCGGGGAUGCUGGGUGUCGUCUGGGCUUCGGAGGUAGGGACGGCCGAGAAGUGGAAGAGGCUGGGGCCGAGGCGGGUGUUGAGAGAGGUCGGUGUUGGAAAAUGA